AUGACGGGUAUGCUUAAAGCUUUUAAUCAAUCUCUUAAUGAAAUUUGUAUACUUGGGGAGCUAAAAGGCCUAGAGGUUCUAAAGGUUAGAAGUACCGGAAUUAAAGUGAUUCCUAAAGAGAUAGGUGAAUUGACCAACUUAAGGUUGUUGGAUGCGGGUGACUGUUAUUAUUUAUUUGAUGUAACACUAGGUGUCAUAUCAAAGCUCACUUGGUUGGAAGAGUUGUAUAUUGGAACUGAUGAGAAGAACGCAAUGUCUUGCCUUGGACUUACGGAAAUAAGUAACUUGAAAUCCAUCAGAGCUCUGCAUUUAUCAAUGAAUUCAGAUGGUUGUCAUAUUUUUCCCGAAGGCACCUACUUCGAAAAGUUGAAAGAAUUCUUUUUUUCAAUUUUUGGACGGCAAAAGUUCUUUUUUUGA